AUGGGAGCUGCCACGCAACGCUCCCCCUGGGCAUCCCAGGCUGGACAGCCCGAAGAACGCCCCACGUUCUCGUCGCCCGCUGCUGGUUCUGGUCGCAGUCGCAAGAGAGAUUUCGCUGGUCACACGAACGCCAAGGGGCUCAUGAAAGUUGCGCACGCCUUGAAGAGUGGCCCGGAGCAAGCCUUCCUGGUGCACGUCUUCUCGGUGGAUGCCUCAAAGCCGCUGGAGGAUAUGACGCUCAACACCGAGAGUUCGGACAAGCUAGUCAAGCGCAGCUUGCUCGGCCACCAGGGGAGGGGGCUGUCUACAGCUGCGCCUUUUCGCCCGACGGCCGCUACCUUCUCAGCUGCUCGGACUCCGAUUGUUUCCCGCCUGGCCCGGCAUUGGCUCAAGGCUGGAACGGCUUGUGUAUGGGACUCUGAAGAAAUCCGAGCGCCCCUUUAUCGGCCACGGCGGCGUGGACGUUGUCUGUUCCAUCCGAACGGGCACUACCUGGCCACUGGCUCCUCAGGGGGCAUUGUCCGCAUCUGGGGCAUCGUGAAGGGCCACCAGGUGCGUCUGCUCAGUGGCCACAUGGCGAGAAUCUGCUCUCUGGCCUUCUCCAAGUGCGGACGCUUCUUGGCCUCUGGAGGCGCCGAUAAUCUGGUCAUUGUGUGGGACUUGCCACGCGAGCGAAUGAUCCGCUGCCUGAGCCACCACACGGCAGCCGUCAACUCUUGCGUCUUUGACAUGAACAAUAAUCUGCUGGUUGUGGGCAGCCGGGAUGGCCGGCUGUCCGUCUGGGACUUUGACCGCCUCGUCCAGGAGUCUGGAGCCCAUGAAAACUCGUCUUCCGUACCGCCCGCAGAGGAGUUGCCGCUUAAAUCGUAUGCCAACCAUGAGGGACCCAUCUGUAAGGUUGCCUUUAACAGCGGCAAUAUCAUGUUUGGCGUCCGCCUGGAGUCUUUCAAGAAGUCCUAG